CCUCCUCUUGCAAUGGAAUCAAUAGCAUUUGAAACAUCGCACGAGUUCGUCCAGACCGCGAAUGGGGUCCAAAACGCCUUCCAGAUUCUCGGAGACAUUGUCUUCGCCGUUCUGCAGUCAUGCGUUUGCAAUAAACAAUCGCUUGCAAUGCAUGCCGUCAUCUUCAAGGCCUCCGUUUGCGUGACAUCCAUUCCUGCCACCUUCAAACGCGGAGGCUGUAGGGCUGCCCAUUUCCCUCUGUUGGAGGUAAACACGGACCGCUGCACGCUGAGGCUGGUGCUAUAUCGGACAUAUCGAGACUCCACAACCGCUCAGGUCAAUCUCAACGGCUUCCUAGAUUGA